AUGGCCUCUUGCGGCCAGAGCCAUCGCCUCGCUCCCCUUUCCAUAAAUCGCUGUCUUCUGUUGGCUCUCCUCCUGGAGAGCGAGCUGAUAGAUCUGGCCAAGGUUUGGCAUGGGAUCCAUGGUCAGGAUCUGAGGUCGAAAGGAAAGGUUACAGUUCCUCAAGGCAAUCAAGAUGGAAGCGGAAGCUAUGCCAAAAUCGUCUACAUACCCAUCUUGUCUCGAACUUAUGCUUCGAGCCAAUGGUGUCUCCGUGAGCUUGAGUGGAUUGUGGACAACACCUCCAAAUCGAAAGGUGAUAAAGUGAUCCUACCUAUUUUCUAUGGCGUGGAACCUAAUGAUGUUAAGUUGAGAACUCCGCUCUAUCAUGAUGCCAUACUCAAUUUGGAAUGCGAGAAGAAGUUGAGUGAUAAGCAAGAAAAUGCAUGGAGAGAGGCUCUCAAGGUGGUUGGUGCAAUAAAGGGGUGGGAAGCCAAGAAGUUUGGCUAUGGUGAACUGAUCAAAUUUGUAGUUGAGGAGGUCUUGGAAAAGUUGAAGACAAAAGAUAGACUGGUGACUAAAUAUUUAGUCGGAAUUGAAAAUCGAGUUGUAGCGGUCAAGGAAUUGUUAGAUGUCAACUUUGAUGAUGUGCACCUCAUUCAAAUUCAUGGCAUGGGGGUAUUGGUAAAACGACUCUUGCCAAGGUUGUCUUCAACCAACUCUCUUCUCAAUUUGGAAAGCAUUGCUGUUUUCUUGAAGAUGUAUGAGAAAAAUCAUCAAGUGCUAAUGGCUUAG